AUAGAGCAUGCUGGGACACUGUGAAGUCAAAACUGCGUGGCUCUUCUCACUCCAACUGCCUGCAGUGAGCUGCUGUUCAUUUUUUGUAUGGGUCCUUCCAGUCUCUUUUCUUGAAUAUGUGCUCAGUAUCCUUUAAAUACCUUUUAAGCCUAUGUCAAAUGCAUUGUCCUAACCAUUCUUUAUAUUAAUAUGUCAUAAGCAGUUUCUCAAGGUAGUGAAAACAUUAUUUCCCACUGCUGCACUCUAUUCCACUAUGUGUAAUAAACCUGCCCAACCUCCUCAUUGUUUCUAUGAUUUUUAAACAAUAUGUAUUUAUUUUUAUGUAUAUGUGUGUUUGCCUGAGUGUAUGUCUGUGUACCAUGUGCAUGCAGGAGCCCGCUGAAGUCAGAAGUAAGUAGCAAUUAGAUCCCCUGGAACUAGAGUUAUGGACAGUUGUGAGCUGCCAUGUGUGUGCUGGGAACCAAACCCAGGUCCUCUGAAAGAGUAGCCAGUGCAUCUGAGCAUCUCUCCAGCCCUGUGUUAGUGCUUUGGUUGUGUACAUAGAAGUGGAGCAGUGUGGACUCUAAGUUCUCUUUUUUCCUCCAGGUUUUGGACUCCCCUUUUGCAUCAGACCUCUGUUGCCAUAGUCCUCUGAGUGCCGUCUCAGGACCUGGGUCACCCUCAUGGCACAAUGGCCAACCCUCAGGAGCACCUGAGCUGCUCCACUUCACCACACUUGCCCUUGACUGAGAACAAAACCUCUAGUGGACGCAAUGAGCUUGCCGCUAUGGGGAACCACCCUCCACCCAAGCUCCCUGAGGACCCCCAGGAGAAGGCUGUGCAGCCAGAGCUGAUGGAGACCACGGGCAGCCCCAUCUCUACAGCAGUGUUGACCAGUGUGAGCGAGGAUUCCAGGGGCCAGUUUGAGAACAGUGUUCUUCAGCUGAGGGAGCAGGAUGAAUCAGAGAUGACGGUGUCUCCGGGGAACAGCAGCACUGUGGAUGGGGAGAGCACGAACGGAACUGAAGACAUCAAGAUUCAGUUCAGCAGGUCCGGCAGCGGCGGCGGGGGUGGGUUUCUCGAAGGGCUGUUCGGAUGCCUCAGGCCCGUGUGGAACAUCAUCGGGAAGGCAUAUUCCACCGAUUACAAACUUCAGCAGCAAGAUACUUGGGAAGUGCCGUUUGAGGAGAUCUCGGAGCUGCAGUGGCUGGGGAGUGGAGCCCAAGGGGCUGUCUUCCUGGGCAAAUUCCGAGCAGAGGAAGUGGCCAUCAAGAAAGUGAGAGAGCAAAAUGAGACGGACAUCAAGCAUCUGAGGAAGCUGAAACACCCUAACAUCAUCGCAUUCAAGGGUGUGUGCACUCAGGCCCCAUGUUACUGCAUCAUCAUGGAGUACUGUGCCCAUGGACAGCUUUAUGAGGUCUUGCGAGCUGGCAGAAAGAUCACACCUCGGUUGCUCGUGGACUGGUCCACGGGGAUUGCCAGUGGGAUGAAUUAUCUCCAUCUCCAUAAAAUCAUACAUCGUGAUCUCAAGUCACCGAAUGUUUUAGUGACUCAUACAGAUGCAGUCAAAAUCUCAGAUUUUGGUACGUCGAAGGAACUCAGUGAUAAAAGCACCAAGAUGUCCUUUGCUGGUACAGUUGCGUGGAUGGCACCUGAGGUGAUCCGGAAUGAGCCUGUCUCCGAGAAGGUUGACAUAUGGUCCUUUGGAGUGGUGCUUUGGGAGCUGCUGACAGGGGAGAUCCCCUACAAGGAUGUGGACUCUUCAGCCAUCAUUUGGGGUGUUGGGAGCAACAGUCUGCACCUCCCAGUUCCCUCCACUUGCCCAGAUGGAUUCAAAAUCCUUAUGAAACAGACAUGGCAGAGUAAGCCUCGUAACCGGCCCUCCUUCCGGCAGACACUCAUGCAUCUGGACAUCGCGUCUGCGGAUGUGCUUGCCACCCCACAGGAAACUUACUUCAAGUCUCAGGCUGAAUGGAGAGAAGAAGUGAAAAAGCACUUUGAGAAGAUCAAGAGUGAAGGGGCUUGUAUCCACCGGCUGGACGAGGAGCUGAUCCGCAGGCGCAGGGAAGAGCUCAGACAUGCCCUGGACAUCCGGGAGCACUAUGAGCGAAAGCUUGAGCGGGCCAACAAUCUGUAUAUGGAGCUGAGCGCCAUCAUGCUGCAGCUGGAAAUGCGAGAGAAGGAGCUGCUGAAGAGAGAGCAAGCGGUGGAAAAAAAGUAUCCUGGGACCUACAAGCGACACCCUGUCCGUCCGAUAAUCCACCCCAAUGCCAUGGAGAAACUCAUGAAAAGGAAGGGUGUGCCCCACAAGGCCGGGGUACAGACUAAGCGGCCAGACCUGUUACGCUCUGAAGGUAUCCCCAGUGCAGAGGUGGCUCCCACUGCAUCCCCUCUGUCUGGAAGCCCCAAACUGUCCACGUCAAGCAGCAAGAGCCGAUACCGAAGCAAACCUCGUCACCGCCGAGGGAACAGUCGAGGCAGCCAUAGUGACUUUGCAGCAAUCUUGAAAAGCCAGCCGACCCAGGAAAACUCACCCCACCCCACUUACCUGCAUCACGCUCAGGCUCCCUGCCCUUCUCCCCAGCAGCAAUACCAGCAACCCCCUUCUGCCCUGCCUCAGAGCCGCCAUCCCCGACUCAAUAUGCAUGGGCAGGACAUUGCAACCUGUGCCAACAACCUGAGGUAUUUUGGCCCAGCAGCAGCCCUGCGGAGUCCACUCAGCAACCAUGCUCAAAGACAGAUGCCUGGCUCCAGCCCGGACCUCAUCUCCACAGCCAUGGCGGCAGAUUGCUGGAGGGCUUCUGAACUUGAGCAAGGUGGACCCUGGGGCUGCUGUCAGACCGAAGCCUAUGAUCCCUGUCUCCAGUGCAGGCCAGAGCAUUCUGGAUCUUUAGAUGUUCCCACCACUGAGCCAGUGGGAAGCAGCCCAGACUGUUCCAGUUCACCAGCACACAAUCCUCUUUCAGGAAAUGCCCAAGGCUCCGAGAGAAUGGAGGCAAAUGGAUUCAAUGGCUGUCAAUCCGGUAUUUCUCAUCAAUUCCCACCCCCAAUGCUACCUCAAAAGACACGGCCCCUUCAGAAGAGUGGAGAUGACUCCUCGGAAGAGGAAGGGGAAGUAGACAGUGAAGUGGAGUUUCCUCGAAGACAGAGGCCCCACCGCUGUAUUAGCAGCUGCCAGUCCUACUCGACCUUUAGCUCCGAGAACUUCUCUGUGUCUGAUGGAGAGGAAGGGAACACCAGUGACCACUCAAACAGUCCCGAUGAGUCGGCUGACACGAGGGAAGACCGCCUGGCAGAGAAACUGGACGACCUGCUGUCCCAGACGCCCGAGGCCCCCAUCGAGAUCUCCUCCCACUCAGAUGGGCUGUCUGACAAGGAGUGCGCUGUACGGCGCGUGAAGACACAGAUGUCCCUGGGCAGGCUGUGCGCCGAGGAGCGUGGCUACGAGAACCCUGUGCAGUUUGGAGACUCGGACUGUGACUCUUCAGAGGGGGAGUGUUCUGAUGCCACCGUUAGGACCAGCAAGAACUACAGCUCUGCCACCUGGUGACAGGGGGCUCUCCAUCAGAAGAUCUCGAGACGCUGGCAUCUCGAACCCUCUCCAGCCCUCGACAACUCCCUCCUGCAUUUGUCUGGGAGGAGUGGCCGAGUCCCAGAAACAAGCCACACUGACAGGAACAUGAGAUUUGUUCAAUCUCUGGGGAAAUACCCAAAUGAAAUUCCGUCUCACUGAGCAUUUCAAUCAAGAAUGGCAGGGAUCUAUUGUACUGAAAACUCCAGCUACUGUAACAUUGAUAUUUAUUUUUGUUGGACAUUUUAACACUUUGUAUUGUAAAGAGUGAACUAUAUAUGAUACACAGACACAAUAAUUUCUUUACAAAAAAAAAAAAGGAAAGGAAAGAGUCUUUAGGAGCAACAUUUGGAAUCUGUGGGGCUAGGAGGUGUCACGGUCACUUGAACCCAGGACCAGGUCUUUUGUCCAUGCUUGAAGAGUUGUAAUGAGACACAGUGAGCAUUUAAAACACAAGCCAAAGGAAAUGCAGCCACAUUAAGUCCAAGCAGCUUGACUACGCAGGGAUGGAAAUGACCUGGAAGUUGAGUGAUCUAAUAGCACUAAAGCCUUGGAGGGCAUGUGCUUCCUCACGCAAACAGAACCGUAGCUGCACAUCUGGAAUUUCAUUCCUUAAACACUGAGUAGGAUCUGGCAGUAAAGGUUACAGUGUCAUCAAGUCUUGCCCUUAGCAAACGCUUCCCUUUAAAUGCUGCCGCGGUCACGGCCGUGACCAGCACGGUCUUUCAGACCAUUUUUCUUUCUUCCCACCUGCUGACCACUCCUUUCAGGAAGUGGGAUAAAGGGGUAAGAAAAAAAGAGCAUCUGUGACUUUAGGAAAACAUGCCUGUAAAACUUCUUUUUCAGGAUGGAGGUUCAUCUAUACAUGCAAGAUGGCACAGCCCCUCUCUGGACCCCGUUGUCUAUCUCCUGGAAUCAUAUUGAUUCACACAGAAGGCAGCUAGGAUGUGUGUGUCCAGUGUCCAGUCCCAAACCAUCUUCCACUUUGUUCGUAAUCUCAUUCUAGCUUAGAAGCUUUGGUGGCCGUCUGUCACUGUAGCAGAACAGGCGAAAGCAGCAGCGUGCAGAAAAGUGACCGUCUCACCACGUUUUCAUUCUGAAUCACUGCAGUUUUGUUUAGUUGGUUAGGAAAUUUCUAGAAGGAACAGCUGAUGCUAAGCAGGUAAUUAGGAUCCCUUUAGUUUCUCAAAAGCAUAUGACUUUUCCUGUGUCCAGAGUCCCUGGGCUGUAAAAAGUACCCCACGGUGCUUUGUGGAGUCUUGGCUUGAAGCUGGAAAGGUCUCACAGCCCCCCCCCCCCAGGGCUGGAUUACAGGUGGGCACCUCCAUGCCUGGCUUAAAGAUGUCUUAUCUAGAAUUUGUAAGCGUACGCAUUAGCCUGACUUCCUGUGUCUCCAAUGCAGGCUUCCGCCAAGUCCGAACUGGCUGGUUCUGGCAUUGCAUCCUGUAAGGAUGUUAGGUAUUAAGACAUUCCAACCCCAACGGAAAUGGUGCCCCUGGGCUGGGUGUCAUUGACUGCAUCGGCCAAAAACGAAAAGCGGGAGGGGAUUUAGAGCCGGUCUUCUGUUUGACCCUCCUUUGUUUACACUUUAUGUUGAGACAUUGAUUUUAAAAUUUAGUGUCUAUAAUUUUUAGCUCAUAGGAAGGAUGAAGGAACAUGUUAAACUUAGAAAGCAGUAUUGUUUUGUUAAAUUAUUCCAUUUUGUAUGAACUGUAGCAGGACUACACAGGAGAGCUUAAGUUAUGGCAUUAUUAUUGUUGUUUUAUUUUAUGGUGUCAUGAUUUUCUGUUGACCAGAAGGUGUGGCUUGUGAUGUAGCACAAUGACUGUUUCUUGCUAACCAUGAAUUAUUAUGGACUUCCGUGGGCCUAGUGAAGGUCUGGGGCUGGAAACGUCCUCUGGAACGCCUGGCAUUCCUCAGUGUACCCCCUCGUUUCCGGAAUACAGAAGCAGUGGUCUGAGGAGGUGUGCUCUGCCCUGACGCCCAAUGGGUACACUGUGACUAUUAUUAUUAUUUUUCUUUUUACUUGAUUGUAAAAACUCCUGAAUGGGCAGAUGACCAAGUUGAUGACCAAGUAGUUCAAAAGUCCCCAAAGUUAUAAUCUUGCUCAAAUGUCUUAAAAAUAAAAUCAUGGCACUGUAGUAGAAGCAAAAAGAUUUAAUGCUCAAAAACAGCAAGACAAAGCGUUUCUGCAGGGGGCUCAUGAGGUAGUUUUAAGAGCAGACAGCAGAGCGAGUCAUCUCCUUCCCGCUGAGCCCCACAGACUGGGAAGAGUGGAAAGACUAGAAACAGAGAAGUGUGUGAUGCCUCAGUGAUGUCCUUCCAUAACAGA